AUGGCAAGAGUCAACAACGUUACGAAUACACAUCACACAACGACUGCACCCGUCCUAGAUGCGCUCGUUGUCGUGUAUGGAAACCGGAAAGUAGCCAUCCGGCGCGUCGCAAACUACCAAGCUACGGUGACCUCUAUCAAACGGUCUGUCAGAGCUCUCGCUCAGGUAGCGACCCCGAGCAUUAUCAUCAAGUGCAAUACUCUGCCUGAACAAGACGGGGAAUACAUCGAAAUCUCUGAAGACGCGUGGCCAGAUCUGAUCUUCCGCUCGUAUCUCAAGAAAGUUGAAGUCGAAGUGGAUACCUCGAGUCUUGCACAUGCUGUCCCUGGCGACACACUCGAUCGUUCAAGACAGCCCGGCACCUCCACUCAGAAAGCUAUGAACAUAUCAGUUGUAUCAAUCACUGGAAUGCCCCUCCUCAAAUGCAAGGUUAAUCCCACUACAAGAGCUGGUGGUAUACUCAGCGCCAUAGCCAGUAAGCUUGACGGUGGGCUUUGCGUGAGCGAUAUCGCUUUAGUAUAUGGGAACAUCAACGCCCGCGAGGAGGAUACCAUGGCAGUACUCGGAGUGAAAGAUGGCGAUAGUGUUGCAUAUAGACUCAGGAUGCUUGGGGGGAAACCGGUCAUCUAUCUUCAACCCCCAAGUGCUGGAUCAGCUGUCGACGCUACCGUUCGCCUAUCACUAUCGGAGUCUUGGUCAUUGUCGGCACUGUAUCCUAUACGGCCCGGCUCUACCUACGUCGAUUCAUCCUACGGACAAGAGACUUCAUGGGCCGUGCGCGCGGAUUCGAAUGGCAUGCUCUACGAUAAAGCGACUGAAUCAGAGGUUUCGUACCUCUAUUGGGAGGCUCGCACGAAUCUUCCGCCCCCUCUUACACCGCCCACGUCGCCCAGCUUAACACCAUCCGCAGUUGCAUUCGACCCAUCACGCGCCGAAGUCUCUGCCUCAGACUCUGUCCUUCUUCCAGUGGACAAGAUUCCGGGGUAUUUGGACCGGGUACUGGCUGCGCUAUCCUUGCAUACCGAGGCGCGCACCUCUUUUAUCACCUACUGGCUUCCGUCAAUGUUGAAGCACGCGCACGUUGCUCUCCGCUUCGUACCUCAAUCGGACUACGAGCACGCGGCUCGUCUUACAGUAACUCCAGCGCCAGACAUAGUAACACGUGUCUUCAUGCUGUUCCGCGGCGUAGAGGAGGGCGAGAUGGCCAAUUGGACUGCUGCAGUCGACCGGGCGGAUGAGGACGUCGAGUUCUGGAAGGGCGUAGUUGGCGUCGAUGUGGCAUUGGCGCAGGAUGCCUCGCUCUUUCGAGUGCUCGAAUGGGGUGGAAUGGAGGUCCUCACUCGUUGA